UGAAACUCGUCCGGCGGAAGUUCAGCCCCGGGCCUUGUCACAAAAACAAUGGCGAGCGGAGUCGGCAAACACAAGCUACUGAAUGUGGGGCCUACAGAGCCCUGGUCAGUCAGGGAGAAAUUGUGCCUGGCCUCAUCUGUUAUGAGGAGUGGAGACCAAAACUGGGUGUCUGUAAGCAGAGCCAUCAAGCCUUUCUCAGAGCCUGGCCGUCCCCCCGACUGGUUCUCCCAGAAGCACUGUGCCUCACAAUAUUCGGAGCUACUCGAAGCCACAGAAGCACCCAAGCGUAAGCGUGGCGAGAAGGGUGAGGUGGUCGAGACCAUCGAAGACGUUAUUGUUCGUCGGUUAACUGCUGAGAGGAUAGAGGAACUGAAAAAACUACUGCGUGACACCCAGGAGCAAUACAGGAAACUGAAGAAGGAGGUGGAUCUGAUACAAACGGGUCACAUGGAUCUCCAGCUGAAGGAGUUGUGGACAGAGAUCACACUAAAGAAGAAGCAGGAUGAGGAGGAGGCAGAGCAGAAGAGGAAAGCCACAGAAAUGGCCUACCAAGCUCGUCAGGCGAUCAAAAACGCACCAAAACGUCUCCCCAGCGUAACAGUACGCUCUCCACUGGGGACCAGCCCCUCAGCGAUGGAGUCUCAGACCGACUCCUCAGCUCCAACGCCACCCAUGGACACAGGAGGCGUUGCCUCUGAUGAAAUAACCACCCAAUCAGUAGCACAAGGGGUGGGGGUGUUCCUCCCAGCUGCAGACCCUCCAGGACCAGGACCGAAAGAUGGAGCUGGUCUGGCUGCUCUGGUAGAUGACUCGCCACAGAAGAGACUCCUGUCCCAGAAAGCCACGCCGCCACCUUCGCCUCUUUUAUCAGAACUGCUUAAAAAGGGAAACCUCAUCUCAGCCAGCCCUCGCCUGGUUGCAGAAGGAGACUCCUUAACUAAUGGUGUACAGACCGCCACUGCAGCUACUAUGUUAGCACCAGGUCAUGAGGUCAUUACAGAGGGAGAGGCAGAGGCCGUGGUGAAGGCGGAGCUUGGCGAGGAGGCGGGGCUGGUAGCAGAAGACCUCGUAGCUGUGUCCUACAUUGGCGACGAGCUGGAUCUGGAGACUGUGGGAGACAUCAUUGCCAUAAUAGAGGAAAAGGUGGACGACCCAGUGGAGGCUUUAGAUGCAGCUGCUGUGGAAGCCGCCCUCUCUCUCUGUGAGGAGGCCGUGUCCGAGGGCCACACCCUCCCCGGUCCCUGGGAAACCCAGGAGUUGAAAUCCUUAGACCCCACGCCCACUGUCCAAGAGUCCAGUUCCACACAGGAACUUCAGGACAUGGCCACCAUGACGACGGCCCCGACACCCAGCAGCGUGGAGACCCCAACCCAAACAGAGGUGAAAAGAGAAGAACAGUUUAAGCUAAACAGCGAGGGACCGGAGGUGACGGGGAGCGAUGUCACCUCUUCGGUGGCUUCUGAUGAUGGCGCUAUAGGAAGUGAAGUUGCAGAGGAGGCGCCUACAGUGAAGGAGGCCACUGAAGCUACACUUAAGAGCGAAGGGGAAGAGUGGAGCCAGCCUGAGCCCAAUCCACCCUGCUUAGACUCAGAGGACAGCUCUGUGUCAGGCAAAGAAUCCAAGGAGGUGAAAGAGGAGGAGGCAGGGAGUGAGGGUGACCCAGAAGAAGGCAUGGAGCUGAAGGAGGACUGUGGGGAGGGUGAGGGUCCUUACCUAUCAGAGGUGGAGCGGGCAGCCAGCGAGAGUGAGGACGGCUAUGGUCCACCUUCCCAGCGCUACACUGCUGAUUCCUUGGCCAGCAGCCCAGCCUCUUCCUCCCAGCUCUCUACUUGUGGAGAGGACCAGGAGGCGGUACAGGCACAGAAGAUCUGGAAGAAAGCCAUUAUGCUGGUGUGGAGGGCUGCAGCCAAUCACAGGUAUGCCAGCGUUUUCUUACAACCUGUGUCUGAUGACAUCGCCCCUGGUUACCACAGCAUCGUGCACAGACCAAUGGACCUGUCAGCCAUAAAGAAAAACAUCGAGUCAGGCGUGAUCCGCACCACGGCCGAGUUCCAGCGCGACAUCAUGCUGAUGUUUCAGAAUGCAGUGAUGUACAACUCGUCGGACCAUGACGUCUACCACAUGGCGCUGGAGAUGCAGCGCGACGUCCUGGAGCACGUCCAGCAAUUUCUGGCCACCCAGCUCAUCAUGCAGACCUCAGAAAGCGCCAUCUCCGCCAAGAGCCUCCGUGGCAGGGAGGGAAAUCGUAAGCCGGGGGAGCCGGCCGAGAAGGACGGAGGCACCAGAGGCCGUCGCAGUGCCAUGGAGGCCGACCUCAAAAUGAAGAAGUAAUGGCAGCUUUUAGAGAACACUUGGAAAGAGGAGGAAAGCUAAAAUGGUAGAACGCAGCUCAUGACUGACUGCUCCCUUUGGAUGUGGAUUUUUGGUCUUAGGCGUAGGGUAGGGGGGUGUGUGCAUGUCUGUGAGUGUGUGUCUGAGGGGGGGGGGGCUGGCUGCAUAUUAUAGCUUCCUCUCUGUUCAUAAAGCAAAUGUCUGUGCAGCACUGUGGGAGUCUCCUCCAGAAACAGAACCCCCUCAUGUCCAGCUGCUGAGGUGGAGUGAGAUUUUAUGGGAAUGGGACUUUUUCACCAGCAAAAGUUUUGCUAGGUAUCCAAAAGUAAUGUGUGGGAGGAGAUUCUGUGAGCGUUGAUCACCCGCUUCAUCCGUCUGUUGAUCAUAUCCUGCUUCAACACACAGAAUUGAAUUAGUCCAUCUCCAUUCAUCUAAAAUGACAUCCCCUUCAAAUAAUUAAAUUUGGAUACUUUUUUUCCUAAUUAAUUGAGCAAAAGAUCUUGUUAAAUGAAGAAAAUUAGGUGGCAUCACUUUUGCUUUUCUGCUAAAUGUUUUCAGAGAAAUGGGCUGGAAGACAAACUGGCCAUAGAGGGGAUGCAGUUUGUUAAAAGUAAUGUUUAAAUCUGUGUAGCAAAGCAGUCACCACUCAAAGCAGAUGAGCCGUGUAAUAUUUCUUUGAUGGAUCACCCUGAUGUUUUUCUAGUGAAACAAACUCCCGCAGCUAAAUAAUGCGCAACAAAGAAAGAAGCCCAUUACUUAAUGGGCUCAAACGUGGUGGGUGGAGCUUUGAGUAUUUUCUUGUGAUUCAUCUCCAUUUGUCACUUAGGAUGUAGCCUGUGUGUGCGUGUGUCCGUGGGCUUUGUAAAUGGCAUAAGAAAACAGUUUGUGGUGGGUGUUUAGAAAGAGUUGAAAAGUUUUGUACUUGAGAAAGGAUCGUGUAGUUUGGGUAGCUGAUGUUUUCUGUUGUACAUUUUGUUAAAUAAAGAAUUGAUUUAAA